GCUUAUUUAUGUGACGUCGUCUGACAUGGGAAAAGAUGCAUUGAGUAUUUUGCAAAGUAUACUUUUAAAAAUGUAUUUAUGCAUUGUAGUUAAACAGUGAAGUUCGGUGGUUUUGUGUGUGUCUGUUUCUUCCAUAAGGGAAAGCCAUUCGGCAGUUGAGUGAAAUGGAUGGGGAAGUUUAUCCAAGGUCUGCGAGUGACGGGAGCAAUAACUCUUCUGGUUCGGAAACACUGUCUGAGGGAGACAUGAAACAUAUUUUGUGCGAGACUAAUAAUAAUAAUAAUAACAACAACAAGGAGGACUCCUCAGACUCCGAAGGACAGGCGAGUUCUGCGGGGAGAGGUGAUCAACAACACGGUCCGGGAGGGAAAACAAGCGCCGCUGAAGGAAGCUUUGAAGAACAGGACACUCGGAAUAACGACCAAGAACUUGAUAUCGAUGACCAGGAAAAGGACGACGAAAUGCUGGAUCAUAUCCUGUAUGCUCCGUCCAUCCCCUUCCGCAAGUUCAGUAACCCUGAGGUCUCGGGUGGCUUGGGAAAAGCUUUCAAAUUGAAACGGCAGCUCAGUGAAGAUGGGAAACACUCCAGGAGAGGGAGUCUUGGUGGAGCUCUGACAGGGAAGUAUCUGCUACCUUACGUUGCUGCCCAGCAAGCAUGGACAUCCUCAGCCGAUACCUCCAACCUGGUCCGCAUGCGCUCACAAACCCUUGGGAAAUCAGCCCCGUCCCUCACUGCCAGCCUGAAAGAACUGAGCCUUCCAAGAAGAGGGAGUUUCCUCACUCCAAGAAGCUUGAGCCCAACCCCUACAAGCCCCUGCAGCCCUUGCAGCCCGCUGCACGCGUUUCACUUUUGGAGCUGCAGGACAAGCAACAGAAAAAGUCUCAUAGGAAGUGGUCAGUCUUCAGCACUUCCUCGACCACACUCCCCCCUUUCUGCUCACACAGGAGCCAGCCCUCAAGACAGUCCAAGAAAUUUCUCUCCAAGCGCCUCAGUCCAUUUCUCCUUUGCACGAAGGUCUGAUGGGCGACGCUGGUCUUUGGCAUCUCUUCCCUCCUCGGGUUACGGGACCAACACACCAAGCUCCACUCUUUCGUCAUCCUGCUCAUCACAGGAGAAGCUGCAUCAACUGCCGUUUCAGCCAACGCCUGACGAGUUGCAUUUCCUCUCCAAACAUUUCUGCACAGAAAGCAUUACCAGCGAUGACAGACGGGGGGCGGUACCAAUGCGGCCACGAUCCAGGAGCCUCAGCCCUGGACGAUCAUCAUCCUGCUGUGAUCAUGAAAUCAUUAUGAUGAACCAUGUCUACAAAGAAAGGUUUCCUAAGGCCACCGCUCAAAUGGAAGAGAGAAUUCAGGAAAUCAUCAAAACCAGCUCCCCGGAGAGCGUUCUCCCCCUGGCAGAUGGAGUCCUCAGCUUUGCUCACCAUCAGAUCAUUGAGCUGGCUCGAGACUGCCUGGAUAAGUCCCGCCAGGGCCUCAUCACCUCGCGCUACUUCUUUGAGCUGCAGGAGAAAUUAGAAAAGCUGUUUCAAGAGUCUCACGAGCGAUCAGAAAGUGGGGAGGUUGCGUUUAUUAAAGAACUUGUUAAAAAGAUUCUGAUCAUCAUUGCCCGUCCUGCUCGUUUGCUUGAAUGUUUGGAAUUUGACCCAGAGGAGUUCUACCACCUCCUGGAGGCAGCGGAAGGCCAUGCCAAAGAAGGGCAGGGUAUUAAAACAGAUAUCCCGCGGUACAUCAUCAGUCAGCUGGGCCUCACAAGGGAUCCCUUGGAAGAAAUUGCUCAUCUGUCAAACUAUGAUAGUGGAAUUGCAGAAACCCCUGAUUACUGUUACAACUCUCUUUUGUUUACACAGUCCCUGAGCGCCUCACUGAGAUCUCGCUGUAAGCCCUGUGAAAGUGAUUUUGAGAUGAUAAAACUGAUCAGCAAUGGGGCAUAUGGUGCUGUUUAUUUGGUGCGCCACAAGGAGUCCAAGCUGAGAUUUGCAAUGAAGAAGAUCAACAAGCAGAACCUGAUUCUACGAAACCAGAUCCAGCAAGCUUUUGUGGAGAGGGAUAUCUUGACAUUUGCUGAAAACCCAUUUGUUGUGAGCAUGUUUUGCUCGUUUGAAACUAAACGCCAUCUGUGUAUGGUCAUGGAAUAUGUUGAAGGGGGAGACUGCGCCACUUUAUUAAAGAACAUGGGUCCUCUGCCGGUGGAUAUGGCAAGAAUGUAUUUUGCUGAGACUGUUCUGGCUUUGGAAUACCUCCAUAAUUAUGGAAUUGUCCACAGAGAUUUGAAGCCUGACAAUUUGCUUGUCACAGCAAUGGGCCACAUCAAACUCACUGACUUUGGACUAUCAAAGGUUGGGCUAAUGAACAUGACAACAAACCUUUACGAGGGACACAUCGAAAAAGAUGCCAGAGAAUUCUUAGACAAGCAGGUGUGCGGAACCCCAGAAUACAUUGCUCCAGAGGUCAUCUUGAGGCAGGGCUAUGGCAAACCUGUGGACUGGUGGGCUAUGGGAAUUAUUCUCUAUGAAUUUCUGGUUGGCUGUGUGCCUUUCUUUGGAGACACUCCUGAAGAACUGUUUGGACAAGUCAUAAGCGAUGAGAUCAAUUGGCCCGAGGGUGACGAUGCACCACCGCCUGAUUCCCAAGAACUGAUCACACUGCUGCUCAGGCAGAACCCAUUGGAAAGGAUGGGCACAGGGGGUGCCUAUGAAGUAAAGCAGCAUCAGUUUUUCCAGAGUCUGGACUGGAACAGUCUACUACGGCAGAAGGCAGAGUUUAUCCCACAGCUGGAGUCGGAAGAUGAUACGAGUUACUUUGACACUCGGUCUGAGAGGUAUCACCAUUUGGAAACUGAGGAGGAGGAUGACAUUAAUGAUGAAGAUUUUAAUGUGGAAAUCAGGCAGUUUUCAUCCUGUUCACACAGGUUCUCUAAAGUCUACAGCAGUAUGGACCAGAUAUCUCGUAACCAAGGAGAGGACAAGGGAGAUGGGGGAGAAAAAACAAAGAGUGGGAGCCCUCUGACUGUGGACUCCCUGAGCUGGACUCCGGAGUAUAGUGAAAUGCCCUCGCUGUCCCACUCCUCAGACACAGAGAGCAGCAGUCUGGGACGCCGGUCUGGGAUUCUCCCUAAGUUCGCCAUUUCUGCCGAGAUGGAGGAAGAGGAGGAGCCCCCGGGAGAGCCUGAGAAAGUGUCCUUCACCAUCGGGGAGCCACCACCGGACGAGCCUGAGGCCACGACUCCAGGGAGCACACUUAGUGGCUCCACCCUUUCAGUGGCCAGCUUUUCUGAGCAUCUCGAUCAGAUGCAUACCAGGAGUGAAGGUGUGGAAAGCCCAGAUAACACCUCAGUGGUAUCGGAGGACCUCAGCACACACCUGGCCCAGCAGCGAUUAGAAAGCACGGAGAAACAUAAGAGUGUCCGCAAAGUUACAAAGUCUGUGUCUGCCAGCACUCUCUCCCUCAUGAUCCCAGGAGAUGUGUUGGGUGUGUCUCCUCUGAGUAGCCCGAUGUCUCCACACUCCCUGUCUUCAGAUCCCUCCUCCCGAGACUCCUCUCCCAGCCGCGACUCCUCCAUCUCUGCCGUCAGCCCCAAACAGCCAGUCAUCAUCCAUAGCGCAGGAAAAAAGUUUGGCUUCACACUGCGUGCCAUCAGAGUGUACGCUUGCGAUGGUGACGUGUACACGGUGUACCACAUGGUCUGGAAUGUCGAGGAAGGUGGACCGGCUCAGCAGGCGGGGCUGAGGGCUGGUGACCUCAUCACACACGUCAACGGGGAGCCAGUGCACGGGCUCGUUCAUACUGAAGUGGUGGAGCUGCUGUUAAAGAGCGGAAACAAAGUAGCCAUCACAACAACUCCGUUUGAGAACACGUCGAUUAAAACCGGGCCUGCCAGGAGAAACAGCUACAGGAGCAAGAUGGUGAGACGCAGCAAGAAACCUAAAAAGAAGGAGACCCAGGAAAGGAGGCGAUCUAUUUUCCGGCGAUUUGCAAUGCAGCCCUCUCCUUUGCUGCACACCAGCAGGAGUUUCACCUCUCUGAACCGGUCCCUCUCUUCAGGAGAGAGUCUGCCUGGCUCCCCUACACACAGCCUAUCCCCCAGAUCCCCAACUGCUGGCUUUCGGUCCACACCAGACUUCAAUCAGUCAGGUGCUACAUCCUCUCAAAGCAGCUCCCCCAGCUCCAGUGCCCCUAACUCUCCUGCUGGCUCUGGUCACAUCCGGCCCAGCACACUCCAUGGUCUCGGCCCAAAGCUGAGCGGACAGAGGUACAGGCAGGGCCGAAGGAAAUCAGCUGGAAGCAUUCCCCUCUCUCCACUGGCCCGCACUCCGUCCCCAACUCCACAGCCCACUUCGCCUCAGCGAUCCCCAUCACCCCUACUGUCUCACUCCCUUGGGAGCUCAAAAACAACACAGACUUUUCCAUCGAAGAUGCACUCCCCCCCUACCAUUGUCCGACACAUGGUGAGGCCCAAGAGUGCAGAGCCGCCAAGAUCCCCCCUGCUCAAGAGAGUGCAGUCCGAGGAGAAGCUCUCCCCGUCUUACCCCAGCGAUAAGAAGCACCUGUGCCCCCGCAAGCACAGCCUGGAGGUGACCCAGGAGGAAGAGCAGAAGGAGCCCCUGCAGAGAGAACCCAGUCUGCAGAGUCUGGAGGAGACUGCAUGUGAAACCCCCACAGUGACCCGCGUCCGACCCGCAGAGCAGGGCUGCCUGAAGCGCCCCAGCACACGCAAAAUUGGGAGGCAGGAGUCCAUCGAUGAGCUGGAUAGGGAGAAACUGAAAGGCAAAGUGGUCAUGAAGAGGCAAGACUGGGCUGAGAGGCGCGAGUCGCUACAGAAACAGGAUGCCCUGCAGGAAUCCAGCUUUGAACCAGAGCAAGUCUCCUCUUCUAGUUCAGAUGAUACGGAUAGAAGCUUUUCUGUCAGAGUUGGGCAGAGACUUGCGAGCGGUCCUGAAAUAUCAAUGUUGGAGCCAAACGUUACUAGUAGCUCACUGAAAGACACAUUGUACAAAAAAUGUACCACAAGAGCUAAUGAGAAUGUUACUGAGCCACAGCAUUCUCUUUGUGGAGCGUUGUGCAAGGGUGCAGAACCUGUUCCAGUACAGCAUGACUGCUCCAGAACCCCAUCCAGUUCCACACUUCAAGACCGCUCCUCUCCUUCUGCAGAGAGGCAGUACAGAGAUAACAUGGAGCAGCUAGCCAGACAGACAAAGGGAAUUAGUAAAUACGAAAGACUGGAGGCAAAACCCCAGAAUAUAGAACUUGUAAGAAAGAAGCAGUCUUUCGAGGAAAGAGAUGACUGCAUAUGCACUGCACCCAAGAAUCGGAUUUCUCCAACGAUCCACGAGGGCCGUCAACUGAAUUCCAAAAGUUUGCAGCUAGAUCCUUCCUCUGCUCAGGAUCUUGGCAAAGGAUCAAUGAGUGUGGUUCAUACAUCACCCAAUAUUAACACUGACUCGUUGGCUCCGAAGUUGUUGAGUGGGAGAGGAGAAACCGCUGUCGAGAAGCUUCAGUUAAUUUCAGCAACUGAGGGCCCAAUGAGAAAGACAUCCUCUGAAUAUAAACUGGAAAGUCGCUCCAUGUCUUCUCUAAAACCUUUAGAAGGCACUCUUGAUAUAGCUAUGUUAUCUGGACCAAGGACUUCAAAAACAGAAAUAUGUUUGUCUAAAGUGGCAGAAAACCAAAGCAGUGCAAGCCUUGGAAUAUCAAUAGAGACAAACCAGCAUUGCACUGAAAAAAUAUCAAGCCAGCAACAGGCAAUGGGCAAACCGCUGGCCGGUCGUGUAAUCCCAGGGACCCCUGGGGCUGCAAUGUCAGCAUACAAAAACCCUAGAACUGAAGAGUGUAAAAUGGAGAAACACAGCGCUACAUUAACAGAGAAAGCUAGCUGCACUGAAGAGUCUACUGACAUCGGCUGUGGAUCUCAAAAGAAUGCUACCCCAGAUACAAAAGGGAAAACAGAGACGAAUGCAAAGCAAUGUGUGGUGCAAAAUAUCACUGCUUCCCCCCUGGCCAGGAAUUCUAUUCCAAUCAAAACACCUACACUAAAAGAUGCUGGCAGUCUAGUGCAGGCAGAAGGUAGUGGAGAACUGGGGAAACCUCUGGAAGCAUUUAAUCUAAAGACUGAAAUCAAACAGCCCCCCGUGUCAAACAGUCCAAAAACCCCUAAGCAGCAGUCAUCUGUUCAGAUAGAGAAUUCUGAUGAGCGCAGAGGGAAGGAGUAUGUCAUCCAGCAGCAGCCAAGUGCAGUGAAGAAGGAAAGCAUUGAUAGACAGCUAGGUGUACGCAGCAAGGAACCUAGUGGAAAAGAUUUGCCACCCACUGUUCCGAGCUGUCAGCAUGUUUUUGCACCUCAGGAAAGGGGAAGAGGGGAACAGGGGGCUCUUUCUGACAAGGUGAAACAGAGCCAAGUGAAACAAAAGGCUGUUACCAGUGACGGUAAAACCAGUGCACCUCAAAGGGAAUGUUUGGCAGACUUUAGGAGAAGUGGUGCAUGUGCUGUGCAGGCAGAGUCCUCUAAUUCCCAAGCUAAAAGCGCAGAUGGAACCCUACCAAGCACUUACACUUUGAAAGAUAACAAUCGUCCUUCUGGUUCGCCUGUUGGAACAGAACAGAAAAACUAUAAAUGUUCAGACGACAAGAGGGCCAAAUUCCAGGAACAAAGUACAAAAGUAGUGGGCAAAAGUGAUACAUCUAAAGUUAAAACAGACAGCUUACAGAAAACCACGUUGACUCAAAAGUUAAACAGUGUAGAUGUUAGUAAUCAAACACAGCCCAGCACAGUGACGCAAAACAUCAAUAACAAUCCGCCAAAGAUGAGCGCUAAUAAGACAGAGGGGAUAGUGACAGAGUCUUUCAAAGUAAAAAGCGGCUUGUUGGAACCCAAAUCCCAGCCAAAGCCUUGUGCCACUGAACAGGGAGGCCUCUUACUCCAGACCAGUGAUUUAAAGACAAAAGAACCUUCUUCUAAAAUGCAGUCCUCCUUAAAACCUCCUCCUGCUCAAGACAGUCAGACAAGUUCAACGUUAGGGAUGGAUGCGGACAGACAGGCCAGUUUUAGGGACAAAAGCUCCAAAUGCGAGCAAAGAGAAAAUAUUAGUGGAAACUCUGGGGGUGCUGAAAAAUGUGAAGGGAAAUGCACAGAAAAGUCUGCUAUUAAAAAAGAGAACCUUGAUGGGAGACCAAGAGAGCCAGCAACUUUGCCAAACCCAGAGAGACUGCAUGGUCAGAAAGACCUAACGAAGAAUGUUGCGCCUCUCCAGAAGCAAGUGUCUGGGGAGAAGAUAAAAGAAGCACAGAUGCACAGUGACACACUUUCAGCCAAGGUUAACGCCAGCACAGUCAAUGUUAAAGGUGAACCACAGGUGACUCUUGCCAUGGAGGGUGGCACCAGGAAAGCAGCUGAGGGUACAGGGCCUGUGGCUCAGAAAUGUCAACAAAUUUCACCGCCUAUCAGCAGCAUCAGGGCUGAACUCAAUCAAGGGACUUGGGAAAAUACUAAAACCCCGAACCCUGAAAAGCUUGUGUCUGCUCCUAAAAAAGAUGCAGCCGAGCAAAAAGGGAAAGAGAAAAUUCACUCGCAAACACCCCUUGUAAAGAGUGUCCGCAAAGACACGUCAAAAAUGUCCCUAACUGUGCAAGACAGCUGUCUUCCCAGCAUACCUUUAGAGAAGGACUCCAGCCGGCAGAAACGAGCCAGGGAGGCAGCACGUGGAAAUCCGCACAGAAAGUCACAGCCAGGGAACGCAGGGACAUGAGGAAAAACCAGACGCAUCAGCCAACGCAAUUAUUACAUUAUCUUUACUGCAGCUCUAAACAUGUACUGUGUAGUGUUUGAAAGCAAACAAGGCAUGUAUUUUUUGGUGCGCAAUAUCAGUAUAAAAAUGGCUUUGUUUUCCACAUGUCGUCUUUAUUAAGAACCGGUAAAACUGUCACCACAUAGUAUUUGUACAGUGUCUUUACUGUAACGUUUUUCUUUGUGUGAGCUGGGUGUGUGUGCGUGCGUGUGUGUGUGUGUGCGUGUGUGUGUGUGUGGGUGGAAGGGAUGUGUUCUCUGUAAAUAUAUAAAAAGGAGUAAUAAGUUAAAUACAAAGUAGGCUACACAUUUUGCUGCUGAUUUUCAUCAUGUACCAAAAGUAACAUUUAUUUUUACUGUUUGUUUACUCUUUUGGGAACUAGCUGUCAGGUGGCAUAUCCACUGUGUUCACAGAGAAGGGUGUGAUCUCUAUUGUGAACAGGCCUUUUUAAGUUUAUAAUUUUUGUGCCAAUUAUGGGUGGCUUUGAAUUGCACAUUUAGUACUUGACUGGGACCACUAGAGGUUUUAAGGUGUGUGUGUUUGUGUGUGUGUGAGUGUGUGUGAGUGUGUGUGUGUGUGUUUAACCGUGUCUAAGUCAGUUUCAGUUUCAACACUUUUAGUAUCACCCAUAAAACCAUUAGGGUUAGUGAUGAAAUAAGGGUGUGUUUCCCCUGAAUGUUGCAAUGUAGUGGACUGGUAGCAUGAAACGUUCAUCUCACUGGUCAGGGAAUUUUAAUGCUAACAAAAGAAAAAGAAUGUCACCAAAUAUUAUUAUUAUUAUUAUUAUUAUUAUUUAUUAUUAUUAUUAUUUAUUUUUAUUUUUUUCACUCUAAGCAUACACAAUUUGAGAAGCACUGUUUCUGGCAAUGGUACAUGGAAGCAACCUGUAUUCUGCCACAUGCCUGCAACUAUUCAAUAUAAAAUGCUCUUAAGGUUCUGCAAAAUGCAUUGCAUCAUAUCUAGUAGAAGGGAGAGAGAAGCUUGCUGAUAGUAAGUGUAGGUGAAAUUCACAUUCCUUUAAAAAACAUUAAGUAGCUCUUUACAUUUCCUAUAGUAAUGUUUCAUGUGUGUGCAAAAAAAUAGAACCUGUUGACACUACUUAAUUGUAAAGAAAAGAAAAAAAUGAAAAAAGGAGGGGUAUAAUGGGCUUGUGUGAUGCUUCGAUAUGUUUUUUUCACUUUUGCUAAGCCUUUAAUUGUGCAUAUUGUAGAACUUGUAAUUAUGUAAUAUUUUAUUCUGCUUGGUUUAUGGUUUCCUUUGAAUAAGCUACUGUAAAAUUCACAUGUGUACAAACAUUUGUCAGAGGCAGAAGCAUUUACAUGGUAAUACAACUCCGUGUUCUGGCAUUCACAUUCAUUGUAAGCCUUUCUGACUGGUUAAUUAGAGGAGCUGAAACAAUUCAUGUUUAGACUAUCCGUUUCCAAUCCUGACUUUCAGUGAUACAAAAAAAUAAAUAAGAUAAACACAAUUUUGAGAAAUCGUCUUCAGUGCUGAAAGUUUAGCAUCACUGAAGAUUAUUUUUUUUAAUGUUUGUUUUUGAAGUUAUAGGUAAAGAUCCUUAACUUUUAAACAGAAGGCACAGCACAUGCUGAAACUAAAAGAAUGAGAGAAUUUAGCAAUUCUAUCCUUAUUGAACGAAGGGCAAUCUUUUAUUACUAUACUUCUGUUUGGGUGAAAGCAGGAAUAAAAUGAAACCUGUAUAUAUAUGUGUAUGUGUGUGUGUGUA